AGUCUUUAACGUAAUCGAUUACAAUAAAUCUUUUUAUUGACUAUUUAAUAUUUUCAUAGAUUAAUUGUGCAUUUUUCGCUUUACUUGUGUGAAGAGUUUUUCUUUCACCUUUAAUGGUUGGGAAGUCAUCGGUAUCAGCUUUGCAAGAAUAUUGUGCAAAAAAUAAAAUACCUGCUCCUACUUAUGAAUGGAUUGAUUCGGAAAGCGGUUCUUUCAUUUGCAGAGCAACAGUAAUGGAAGUUGAGGCGGAUGGCAACGGACGUUCGAAAAGGGAUGCCAAGCAUCUAGCUGCUUCGAAUAUAAUUAAGAAACUACGUUUACGGCAUCCGGAUAUUGAUGAGAUCCCGCAAGUCGAACAAACGGAAAUACCCACUACAGAUAUGAUUGCGGUAUUGAGGGACUAUUGUGUUCAGCACCAACAUCCGUUACCCACAUUCGAAAUGGUACAAGAAGGUGGUACACCAGAUGCUCCAGAAUUUAUUGCGCUUUGUACCUUAGCGUCUAUUAAAAGAUUUGGCAUAUCUGAAAAGAAAAAAGAUGCUCGCCAAAAGGCUGCUUUAGCCAUGCUAGUUGUGAUCCAAGAUCGCAACGCACAACCUUUGGAACGAGAUAUGCAAAUAAUAUCGUUAGAUGACAAAAUGGAAGACGUUGAAGCUGAACGCUAUCAUAGAUUUAAAACCUACCGGGAACUCACCGAAUCCUCGCUAGGUGAAAUUCCAGGUAUAUCGCUUUGCGAGCGUCACAAUUACUUUAAAAAAUUCCAUAAACAUUUGCGUAUAGCGGCCAAUAAUAUAUUAGCAGACAGUUAUGAAUGCGACCAAGAUAAGCUUAUGGAACUUUUUCAGGCUCUUAAAAUUAAUCCGAAAAUUAGCAAAGUGCCAUCUGCAGAUACGUUAGAAUUGACGGUACAUAUUGAGCUUAACUGUGAAUACGAUGUAUACUUUGCUAAUCUUGAAAGUAAAAUUUAUAAGCAAGUUUUAAAUUAUUUUGAAACUAUGUUAAAUUAAUUAAUUCUCUAUUUGUAUUAUGUAAAAUUAAUGCGAAAAUUAGCAAAGCGCAAUCUGCAGAUACGUUAGAAUUAAAGGUAUGUAUUAAGCUUAAUUGCGAAUAAAAUUUAUAAGCAAGUUUUACAUUAUUUUCAAAUUAUGUUAAAUUAAUUAAUUAAUUCUCUGUCGGCGUUAUAUAGCUAUUUAAUGUCUUUCUUAAAUCUAUUCAAUGAACUUUCGUCAAUUUCAUGCAUUUUUUCUAGCAUUUCCUCUGUAAAUUGAGUAAAUGUUUAUGAACGUUUGUAUGUUGUAUAAAGUGUGAAAAAUCCAUUCUUAUUAGAUUUCUAUUUCGGUUUGCAAAUUAAACAAUGUUUUACAUAAUCUGAAUAUACCGAAAAUUGGGUCGACAGAAAAGUAGCAAAAAGUAUCUUAUGACGUAUACCACUACUCCGAAUAAAAGGCAAUGGACCGUUCUUCUACAUUAAUUUACUAAUUGUCGAUAGAAAACGACUCCUAAUGAGAUCGAUUAUUGUUACUGUUUGUCUUGUGUAUACGCACGUUUUUUAUCCAAUGUACAGGUAGUAUCUUUGUAGAUAUUCAAUACGCUGGCACUUUUUGCUCCAAGGUCGAGUUCUUUAUUUUGACAAUGCCUUUAUAUAGAAAAAAUUUUCCAUUUUUAUCAUCACUCAAGAAAGAUCGUCGAAAAAGAUUAUGUUGUUAUACUAAAAGAAAAUUUUUGCAAAAUUUGCAAAGGAUUUGUGCCUUCUAUAGUACUUUAGUAUAAUAACUUAACACUAGUUUACUCUUCGGUCCUCAUCCGAUGAAAGAAAAACAAGCCCCCAUGUGAGAGCAAGGAUUCUACUAUUUUAUGAUAAAAAUUAUAUAUAUAAUAUAUACGUUGUACAGUAAGUAAUUAUUAUAU